GGCAGCCGAAGCGUGAUUAUCGGCGAUUCGGCGGUCCACACUCUGGUCGAACCCUCUAUUCUAACGCUCAGCACCGCGCAGUGUGCCUCGGUUUCCGCGACUUUCCGGUUUAACCGCGUGUACGUGGACCAACUUCCGUCGACUCUGCCGAUCCUGGCCCUGCCUUGGCCCAUCCUUCUACGGGACCCGGAUAAUCGUAGUUUUAUUGGACUCAAACUUUUCGGAAUAGAGAAAUCCUAUCUGAAUUUUAGAUAAACGAGAGAGAGGGAGAGCUGAUGAUUCUUAAGGUGGUCAGGUAGUACUGAUUAUGCGUGACACGAGAAGAAGCACCGUCAUCCGAGUGUUUUUAGAGCGUCAUGUAAUAUGGAAUUAAACAAUGUUGUUAAGACGUAAAGAUGUUUUGGGUACAUUGUGGACUCUUUGUUCUCGUGAUAGCUGUACCUGGAUUUAUUAGCAGCGCCGACAGCACGUCCAAGCGAGAAGCUGACUAUACCUUGGAUGAUUCCUUUUGGAAUGAGGAAACUCCUGCUGGUGAAGUCGAACGACUACUACGGCAGUAUCGACAAAACCAGGAGCUAGUACAAAAUAUCCGAGCGCAUUACUAUCAGAUCAUCUAUCCAGUGCAGCUUCGCCAUCACGAGAAAAUGGGGAUAUCCACAAGAGAUGCCAGCAUUCCCAAGUAUCCUCAAAGAGGCGGCUAUGGAGAUAGUGGAUAUCAAAAUGCUAGGGGAAGGUCCAGAACUGGGAAACACUUUCAUCGGACGUCCCUUUUAAUCAAGGCCUUCAAUCACAGAUUUCGCCUAGACUUAGAACUAAAUACGCAACUUUUAGCACCGAAUUUGAUUCAAAAAGACUUUUUAGCUAACGACGCGGAACAAGUUUCAAAACAGGAAAUAGAACAUUGUUAUUAUCAUGGCACUGUGAGGGAUUACCCAGGUGCCAGUGCGGCUUUUCAUACAUGCAACGGAGUCAGCGGGGUAAUACACUUAGGCAACGAGACUUUUGUCAUCCAUCCUUUCUACGGAGGAGAUUUAUCGCAGAAACAUCCUCACGUCAUAUUUGAAGCCCGAACAAAAGCUAACAAAGGCUGCGCAAACUCGGGCAAUCUUGAGUGGCGUCUAAAAAACCGCAGGCAGAAACACGUGGGCCUGGUGGAGCCCAUUUUAAAUCGGUUCAAGAGAGACGUCCGUGAAGCAACAAAAUACAUCGAAACAGCCAUCAUUAUCGACAAAGCCAUGUUUGAUAAACGAAAUGGUAGCACUAGAGCGGAGGUCGUUCACGAUAUUAUUCAAGUUGCGAAUAUUGCUGAUUUGUACUUCCGUACAUUGAAUACUAGAGUAUCAGUAGUAUACAUCGAAACAUGGCAAGGCGGCAACCAAGCGCCGAUCGAUAAAAGCAUGGAUAUUGGUCGUGCCUUGCUAAACUUCAACGAUUAUACGAUGCGGAAAAUGUAUCAAAUUAGCCCCGAUACAACUCAAUUGCUCACGGGUGAGACUUUCCAAGGUGGCGAAUCGGGAAUGGCUGUGCCGGAGACCGUUUGUAGUCAACGAUCCGUAGGAAUUAGUGUGGAUCUCAACGCCUAUGAACCACAUCUGCUGGCUGGUACAAUGGCUCACAUGAUCGGACAUAACAUCGGAAUGGGCCAUGAUGACGGAAGAGAAGAAUGCUUCUGCCGGGACUGGCACGGGUGUAUCAUGGCACAGUCUAUUGUCGGUCUAGAAAAUGUACAGCCCUACAAAUUUUCCGAUUGUAGCAAAUCGGAUUAUGCAGGGGCAUUGAAAAGCGGCAACGGUAUGUGCCUAUUGAACAAACCAAACGAGUUGCAAGUUGAUACACGUACAUGCGGAAACAGGGUAAUCGACGAUGGGGAGCAAUGUGACUGCGGCACUAUCGACGAAUGUCAUGAACUCGAUCCGUGCUGCGAUCCUAUCACUUGCAAACUUACCAGUGAAGCCGAAUGCGCCUCUGGUCCUUGCUGCAGCGACUGCAAGUUGCGGGCACGAGGAGUCGUUUGCCGGGAAUCGACCAAUGAGUGUGACUUACCGGAAGCUUGUUCGGGCGAGACGGGCCAGUGCCCACCGGAUGUGUACAAGAAGAACGGAAACCCAUGCUACAACAAUAACGGCUACUGCUUCAACGGAUUCUGCCCGGCUCUGGAUAUGCAGUGCGAGCAAGUCUGGGGCUACGGCGGGGUAGCCGCUGAUAAGCAGUGCUUCGAGCAGUUCAAUUCCAAGGGAUCGAUCAACGGCCACUGUGGCACCGACAGUUCCGGUCACUACGUCAAGUGCGAGCCAGAGAAUGUUCGCUGUGGCUCCUUACAAUGCAAGAAUGGAAAUGUUAAGCCGGUCACGAAUGGAUUGAAUGACUUGUUUUCCACUACAAUUAUUUCUAUCAAAGGGCAGCAAAUUGAGUGCAAAGCUACGACAGUAAGGGUCGAAGGGUCCGAAAUGCCAGCCUUAGGAUUAGUUCGCGAUGGAACAUCUUGUGGGGAUAAUUUGAUUUGUACUAAUCAGACUUGCACGAGCCUCUUUCCUCACGUUGAUCAAUCAAAAUGUCCUAGCAAUCACAAUAACAACGAAUGCUCAGGAAAUGGCGUUUGUACCAACAUAAACAAGUGCUAUUGUAAUCCUGGUUGGACUGGUCCUGAUUGUUCAAUACAGCAGGCCAUACCAACUGAAGCCUCUACCACUUCGACCACUGCCGCCCCCGGUAAUGCAAGUACCACAGAUAUGAAACUGGACAAGAAAGAGACCCCCUACGGGGGAGAGAGCAGCAAUCUUAGCAGAGGGAUAUUGGUGGUUAUCCUUGUGAGUGUGGUGAAGGCUGUCUUCGUUUCUUUUACAGUAUUGGCUCUUUGCUACAGACGGAAGGGUACGCUCCCAAAGUAUGAUCCACCCUACACGAAGAAACCAGCGCAAAAGAGCUUCAGCGGUCCAUCAGAGAAUCAUCAUCAAGAGGGUGCACUAGAUAGCGUCAACAAGAUCAUCUCAUUUGGCAGAAUGCCUCAAUACAGCCGUGGCGAGACCCAGCGCGUGCUGUUUCGACACCCGAAUAACGUCGCCACCGCAGACGGGACACGACUCAAGGAGCAUAAAGCGAGACUUGGAGUAGACGAGGAGGAUGGAGGUACGGGGCCAGAGGAGGUUGUCUCAUUCAUUGAUCUGCCACCAAACAAUCUUACAAAGUUGCCUGAGAAGGGAAUUUUAAAGAAGCACGGUGGCUAUGCUAUAGGUGCUGGGGGCACGUUGACCGACGUGGAGAGGACUUUAAACAGUUUAAACGGCUACCAUGACGACAUAAUAGAAGCUUUGAGGAACGCAGCGACCCAUAGAGGUUUGGCAACAACACCGUCCGGUAGUGGAAAUAUUCUAGACGACGAAGCUAUUAGAAAGUCGUUAGCCGAAUGUGGAUACGGUGAUGCUUACAGAAAGUCUGAUGUUCAGGACAACAUCGACAACCAGGAUGACGAGGAGGAGGAAGAAAUACCACCGACCUGUGGUACAAUACGUAUACGCACUCUAGAAGAUAUCAUUAGACAAUUAGAACAUCAUUCGACUCGGCACAUGAGUCCUAGCGAAUCCGAGGAUAUAAGAAUGUCCGAAACAGAAGCAGAUCGUCCAUACAGAGUAGAUUCGUCCGUCUGUAGCGAAUCGUCUCAAGGAAGCAGACGAUGCAGCAGAGGUCGUGACGACGACCCAAGAUUCGUCUACGGUCGAUAUCGCCAGCCAACGGCACGAAGUCCCUACGGCUCUCACCAGCACAGUCAUCAACAUGUCCACCAAUUGCAUGAGGAAGAAGGAAUCUACGAAACUGCUGAUCAAGAUGGAAGCUCAAAUCAUAGGGGCGAUACGCCCGAUAGCGAAAGUGAUACAUUUAUUCAAGCUCAACAACAAGUAGCCCGGUGGACGAGUGAGGAGGGAGGGCAGCUCCGGUUACCGCAGCAGCCGCCGCCAUCGCCACUUCCAUCGGCCGCGUCACCAAUGCAACUGCAGCAGCAGCAAAGUCAUCUUCAUCUUCAUCAUCAGCAGCUCCAGCAAAUGAUUCUGCAGCAGCAUCCACAUCAGAAUCAGAAUCAGCAGCAUCAGAAUCAGAAUCAGCAGCAUCAACAUCAGAAUCAGAAUCAGCAUCAACACAUGGCGGCGGACCAAAAGCCAAUCAAACAACGUGGCUACUAUCCAUCCCCACCCCACACCGAUAAUGGCUUCGUCAUCGACGAGGCUGAAAAUGCUCAAUCCCAACAAGAAAAUCCCCCCGACGUUCGUGGAAUCGAUGUGAAACACUCGCCUAAUAUUAAAAAAUGCCCACUAGACGGUAAUUUUAGUCUAGAUUGUAACAUAAUGAAUAACGGUUCCCCUAAAGGAUUAAAUACCAACAACACUAGUGAUAAUGGAAAUACUGCCCUACAGCCCUCUUCGCAUUUUCCCGAGUACAAGCAUUGAUAAUUAUUAAUCGACGACAACUAGUGUCCAGGAUCUAGUGGUGUGACUUAAUCUCGAACUCGCAUUUUAUACUGAAUAGUGUAAAUACCGAUAAACUAUAAUUGCGACAGGUAUUAAAUGAUAAUGAAUUAAAAUAAUAUAUAUAAAUAAAUAUAUACAUGAAAAUGUUUAUGAAUAAACAUUAGUGAAGUGUACGAAUACUCGCUGGCGAAAAGAUCAGCGAUUCCUCCCUCGUCCAGGUUUCUACGACUCGGUUUUAUCGACGUCAAUCGGAUUGCCGCCGGCGUACGUUUUUCCACCGCCCGGUCAAACGAAUAAUCUUUGUUAUAUACACGAUCACUUGUGUUCUUGUUUAUGUCGGACGAAUAAAUGUACGAUGAGAUCGAAAUUCUAAGCUUGCCGAAUUAUUUCUGACUAAAGUAUACAACAGUUUACAGAACGUUUUUGGUAAAGCGAUAAAAGUAAGAGCGAUCGAUUGAUCCAAGUCAGAACCUUAUAUAUAAUAAUAAUAAAAAUAAUAAAAAAUAUUGUCACAUUUACUGUA